AUGCAGUGGGAGUGUGCGACGUCGGCUCUCGCCACCUUGCUUCACUGGCGCGAUACCGUCCUGGCCUUGACGCUGGGACAGAUCUGGACGGCCAUCUACAACCCGCCCGACAAGUCGUGGAAGGUUGCGGUUCUCGUCAUUGCCAUCUUGUACAAGACCCCUCAGUGGUGGGCCAAAUGGUGCAACUGGCGUCUGAGCCGCAAGGUUGUGCGGUUCAAUUGGCCUGUGCCUCCUGAGGCUUCGGCGCAGUGGUCGGGCAGCCCCAUCUCCGCACCCGACCUGUUUGCUCACGAGCGCGACCCGUCCCUCCUUGCGGGCUCUCUUGCGGCCCAGCACGUUACCUGCUAUGACCCCUCGACCGGGUUCCACCUCAAGACCAUGGCACUGCGUUCGGCUGCUGGUGUCGCGGACCAGGUUCAGGCGGCAGACGACGCUCAGAAGGGUUGGGCGAAGAGCUCGUUUGCCCAGCGCAAGAGCGUGCUCCGCAGCAUCAAGGCUUGGCUCUUGGCAGACAUGGACCAGAUUGUUGCUGUGGCUUGCCGCGACACGGGCAAGACUAGGGUGGACGCCGUCUUUGGCGAGGUUCUUACUACGCUCGCCAAGAUUGACUGGUUGCUCAAGCACGGCGAGAAGGCCCUGUCUCCCGAGAAGCGUGCCAUCACGCUUCUCCUUGCUCACAAGAUUUCUACUGUCAAGUACGAGCCUCUGGGCACUGUUCUCGCCCUCGUCUCUUGGAACUAUUCGUUCCACAACGCGCUCUCGCCCAUCCUCGCGGCGCUCUUUGCCGGCGACAGUAUCGUCGUCAAGUGCUCGGAGCAGGUUGCUUGGUCCUCGGCGUGGUUCAUUGGCGGUGUGCGCGCCUGUCUCCGUGCAUGCGGUUGGAACGACGACAUUGUCCAGCUGGUCGUCUGCCUCCCCGACGUCGCCGAGACCCUCACACGUAACCCCACUAUCAAGCACAUUACGUUUAUCGGCUCGGAGCCCGUAGGCAAAAAGGUCGCAGCCGCAGCUGCCGAGAUCAUGGUCCCAACUUGCAUUGAGCUGGGCGGCAAAGACCCUGCGUUCAUUCUCGAGAGCGCCAACCUCGACUUCUUCGCCAGCACAUGGAUGCGUGGUGCUUUCCAGUCGGCCGGCCAGAACUGCAUCGGUGUCGAGCUCUUCAUGGUGCCUCGCAAGCUCCAACAGCGUUUCCUGGACAUUAUGACUCCUCGCAUCCAGGCCCUGCGUCUGGGCAUCGACGUCGGCUCGCUCAUCUCCCACACACCGAUCCCGCGCCUGGAAAAGCUUAUUGCCUCGGCCAAGGCUGACGGUGCCCGUGUUCUGGUCGGCGGCUCGCAGUACCACCACCCAGACAGGCCCCAAGGCGCGUACUUUUCACCUACGCUCAUUGCCGACGUGCGCAUGGACAUGGACCUUGCUCGGGAGGAGCUUUUCGCGCCAGUGAUGACCGUCGUCCCUUACGACGAUGUGGACGAGGCCCUCGCCUGGCUGCGUGGCUCGAGGUUUGGCCUCGGUGGCGGAGUCUAUGGCGCUGGCCGGGACGAGUGCAUGCGCGUCGCCAACGAGCUGCAGUGCGGCAUGGUUUCUCUCAACGACUUUGGCGUCUUCUACCUCAACCAGGACAUGCCCUUUGGCGGCGUCAAGGCCUCUGGCCAUGGUCGCUUCGCGGGGCCCGAGGGUGUGCGCGGCCUGUGCUACCCCAAGGCUGUCAUUGAAGAUAGGUGGUUCCGUGUCAUCCAGACGUCCAUCCCCAAGCCUGUCGACUUUCCGUUGCCAGAGGGCGACAAGCCGUGGGUGUUCCUCAAGGGCCUCGUCUUUUUCGCCUAUGGUAGCGGCGUCAAAAGGGUCACCGGGCUGCUCGACCUGAUCCGCAUGUCGCUGUAG